AUGAGUAGUUAAUUUGAGGCUGAUGAUUAAAUGCUUUAUGCAGAUGAUUCCUAAUUUAUAGAAUAAAUAACUUAGAAAUUAUCAAAGAUUAGAAAUAACUUAGGAAUAGACAUCUAUGAUCAAGAGAACCUAAAAACUCCCUAAUCUGAAUAAUCAGGUAGAAAUAAUGAGCAUAAUACAUUUGGAAGAGAAAAGAAAACUACAGAAUCUAAAAAUAAUUUAUAAGAUGUUCAAGAACUCAAUUUUAUAACAAGCUCUAAGCAUAAGAAUAAUAAUAAUAAUAAUAAUGAUUAUUAAUAUUCUGGUUAAAGUGCAAAAGAAGAAUAACAAUAUUAGAUAUCAUAAUCAGGUACAAAGGAUGAUAUACUACCUUAAUAAAUUAGCUUCUUAUAAAAUAAACUGGAAGCUCUAAAAUAAAUUUGUAUUAUUUAAUUAUUUAUUUUAGAUCCUACAUAAGGUUAAGAUUAAGCUAGUUUUCUUGAGAGAGAGAAUGUUUAUUUAAAGAUUGAAUUAGAAUUAAAAUCAAAAUAAGAAAGAUUCUUAAGAUAAUAAUUAACAACAUUAACAGAAGAAUAUAAUUUGAAAUAAUCACAAUUACAACAAAGUAUCUAAGAUUUAAAAUAACAACAUGAAGAAUUUGUUUAAGCAACAGAUUUAACUUAAGAUAUCAAAUAAUAUAUCUUAUCAUUAGAAUCAGACUUGCAUAUGACAAAAGGCGAGUUAGAUUUGUUCACUUAACGAUUAUCCAAAGAAUAAUCUGAUAAAGAAAUACUUUAGAAUUAAAUUAAUAAUAUUCAUACUAAAGCUAAAAAUGAAUUUUAAAAGCUUUAUGAAAAAGCAUUCAAAGAAUUGUAAUUCAUGUGUUAAGCAUUGAGUUCAGAAUUGUUAACUGAAUAAAUUGAUAAGAAAGUCAAUAGAAUUUCUUAAUAAACUAAUUUAUCCAAGAUGUAUUAAGAUUUAAUAGAUGAGAAAAUGAUUUUGGUAUUUAUUAAUUAUAAUAAUAUAGGAAACAAAAAUUGAUAAUUUAGAAAAUUAAUUAGAAUCUUAUUAAAAUAAAUAAUUUACUAUUAGUUAUGCACCAUCAAUCAAAUCUAUAUAUGAGAAAAGAUUGCAUGUAAUGAAACAAGGAUUAUUACAUUGGAAAACAAGAACUUAGUAAAUUGAAUAAAUAGUACUUUAAUGGAUUCAAAAAUUAAAAUAAGAAAAUUAAUAGUUAAAAACAUCACUUAUUAAGAAAUAAAAUAAAAUGUUUAUUGUAUUUGAAAAUUUAUUAAGAGAAAUAUAUCAACAAUUUGAAUAGGAUAAAUAUAUUCAAAUGGAAGAGAUUAAAAAAUUAUAAGAAUAAAAGGUUGAUGAUAAAGUUAAGAUAACAAAACUUAGAUCAACAAUUUAAUAAUAAACAAAAACUAAAAAAAGAUGA